AUCAAAACAUUACAAUAAAAACUAAAACAUUUAUACAUACACGCAAAUCUCCAUCAAACAAAGCAUGGUGACAAGAGAAGAUUUAUACAACGUGAUGUGUGCAAUGGUACCUCUAUAUUUUGCAAUGUUAGUUGCUUAUGGUUCAGUAAAGUGUUGCAAAAUGUUCACCCCAGAUCAAUGUUCCGGCAUAAACCGAUUCGUCGCAGUUUUUGCUGUUCCAGUUCUAUCUUUUCACUUCAUUUCUCUCAACAAUCCUUAUCAAAUGGACACAAAAUUUAUCUUGGCAGAUACAAUUUCUAAGCUACUUGUUCUAUUUUUUCUUACCAUUUGGGCCAUUUUCUUUACUAAAGGCUCAUUGGAUUGGGUUAUAACUUUAUUCUCAGUGGCUACUUUGCCUAAUACCCUUGUUAUGGGUAUCCCUCUUCUUCAAGCUAUGUAUGGUGAUUUUACACAAAGUCUCAUGGUGCAACUAGUUGUUCUUCAAUGUAUUAUAUGGUAUACUCUGCUUCUAUUCCUACUAGAAUACAGAGCAGCCAAACUCUUAAUCAAAAGCCAGUUUCCAGGAACAACAGCAGCCUCCAUAACAAAAAUCUCCCUCGACGACGACGUAAUUUCCCUCUACAGCCACGACGCACCGCUCACAACGCAAUCAGAAACCGACGAAAAUGGCAGAAUCAAAGUCCGAAUCCGACGCUCCAUUUCCUCAGCACCACCAGAAUCAACUUCCUCAUUGGGUAAAAGCUUUACUCCUACAAGACUCUCCAAUCUCUCCAACGCCGACAUCUUCUCCAUCAACACGCCGGGGAAUUUUCUCGAUAAUAUGACAAGUCCACAGCUGUCUGGUUAUGCUUCAACGGACGCUUAUUCCUUGCAGCCGACGCCUAGGGCGUCGAAUUUUAAUGAAAUGGAGAUAGUUGGCGGUGGUACGCCUGUUUGGGGGAGGUCUCCGGUGGCCGGAGGUAGGGUUUUGGAUGGAGGGAUGGUAGUGUGGGAAUCACCUGAGAAAUGGCGGGGAGAUGGGGGACAUGGAUGCAAGGACAUUACUAUGUCAGAUAAAGAAAUUAGCUUCAGAGACAGCCUCAAAGUCUCAGUGGCAGGGGAAGUUGUGGACCCCAAAGACCAAAUUGCCAGUAGCCCGAAAAUGCCAUAUGCCUUUGUAAUGUUAAGGCUUAUACUUAUUGUAGCUGGAAGAAAACUUUCUAGAAAUCCUAACACAUAUUCUAGUCUAUUAGGACUUCUAUGGUCUCUAAUCUCCUUCAAAUGGAAUAUAGAAAUGCCCAGUUUGAUCAAAUCAUCUAUCAAGAUCAUAUCUGAUGCAGGUCUUGGGAUGGCAAUGUUUAGCUUAGGGCUUUUCAUGGCUCUUCAGCCUCGUAUCAUUGCUUGUGGCACCAAAAGAGCAGCCAUGGGAAUGGCCAUUAGAUUUCUAUUUGGGCCUCUUGUAAUGUCCUUAUCCUCGAUUGCCGUUGGAUUGAGAGGGAAAAAAUUGCAUACUGCAAUUGUACAGGCUGCUCUUCCACAAGGAAUAGUUCCAUUUGUAUUUGCAAGAGAAUAUGGGCUGCAUCCUGAUAUUUUGAGCACAGGGGUAAUCUUUGGCAUGUUAAUUUCCUUGCCAAUAACUCUCAUUUACUACAUAUUUCUUGGCUUGUGAAGACUGAGAGAAAAAUUACAACUUGAAAGAAGAAUCAAUGAAUUGAAAAAA